AUGAUAGAAAGCAGAAGAAGCCUUGAUUUUUGUCUCUCUCUCUGCUCUCAGUACAUCAUCGCAGGCUCACUCUGCAUUGCUGCAGAAAACUAUCAGAAUUCACCCUCCAGUUUGUGUUUGGUGAAAGGUUCACUUGGCAUGAACAUUUUCAGUGCAAUAACUGCAGGCAUUUCCUUUAUCAUAAAUUCAAUUGAUUUGACUGUAGGGCCAAUCUACAUGUACAGAUAUUGCAAUGGUUAUGAUUGUUAUUAUAUGGAGGACCAGUACAAGACUCUCUUCCGGGGAAUCAGUGGUGUGUUGUUGAUAUUCGCCUUCCUUCAGUUUAUCAUCUCCAUCUGUCUGUCAGGAUUUGCUUGUAAAGUCGCCUGCUGUUCUCCACAGGUGCCGUUAGUUCCACAAGUUUUGACUCAAUAUCCCUGUUGUUUUGGGCACAAUCAUUUCCAAGAUCUUAACAACUCAGAGAUACCUGUGGUCAGCAACCCUGCCAUGCAUCGCCUUCCUGCAGAAAUUCCUCCACAAUACAGUGAAUCUAAAUAAAUAUGAAUAUUAAAAGUCGACAUAGUUUAGGUGGUACACAAGGGUUUUUCCAGUAAUUUCCUGUCCAUUAUCUAUAAUGAAUUUAAAAAGAGAACAUGACAGAAACAAAACAUUGAUAAUAAUUACAGAUUUUAUAAGUCACAAAUGUGUUAACAACAGGGGGUGUAAUGGAACAGAAGUCACUAUAAAGUUGAUAGUUAGUUCUCACUAUUAACUAACCUUCAACUUUAGUUACUAAUUAUUGCUAGUAAUUAUUACGAAUAUUAAAUUAGUUUUAAUAUAUUAGUAAGGAUGUUAAAUUUAGGUAUCGGUUAGUAUUUUAAGGAUGCGGAAUAAAGCACUGAUAUGUGCUUUAUAAUACUCAUAAACAGCCAAUAUCC